GAUGUGUUGGUAUCAACCAGUAUCCACCGUAUCCGGUCCGAUUCCGGCCUUUGCCAGACUGCCUGCCAGGCGCUGCCAGUGCCAGUGCGCGCUGCCAUACGUGCGUGCGAUGUACAAAUUGGAGGAGGAAUGACUGUCAAACAUAAUGUGCCAAAAUUGCUCAAACUGAAACAGUCAGAAAAGAACGAAGAAUGGGAGGAAUAAACUGGAGUGAAUUGUUCCCAGGAAGAUGGAGUCCUGUCAUCUUCGUCUCCUACAUAGCUCUCUUUAUAAAUCAAGGUAUUCUUGUGACAUGGUCUCAAAGAAGUGGCCGCUACGAAUAUAAUAUUGUAGCAGUUGUAUUGAUGACAGAAGUUCUAAAGUUAGUCAUAUCCACGGUACUUUACUGCAAAGACAAUAGUAUCCUGACUCUUUUCCAGGAGACAAGGAGGAACAAAAAAGUGCUUCUGCUGUAUAUGAUACCCGCGCUUUUAUAUUGCCUCUACAACAAUCUAGCGUUUGUCAAUUUGGCUAGAUUCGACCCCACAACUUACUAUGUUCUCCUACAGCUCCGCGUUGUACUUACGGGAAUCAUCUUUCAGGUCAUUUUUAGAAAAAAGUUAUCUACGACCCAGUGGUUUUCCCUAGUGAUCCUGACAGUCGGCUGCAUGGUAAAACACCUCGACGCCCACGUCCUUGGCACGGAAUUCCACGUAGAUAUUUUUCUACUUCUAAUUCUUGUACAAACAACAUGCUCCUGCUUGGCUGGUGUAUAUAACGAGUACUUGUUGAAACGACAGGGCGCGGACAUCGACAUUUUUAUACAGAAUGUAUUUAUGUACAUCGACAGCAUUUUAUGUAACGUCGCAGCGAUCAUUCUGCUAAGUAUAUUUACGAACGGCGCCAGUGAAAUGCUGAGCAACGUCGAGAUCAAUACGUUUCUGCAGCCGAAAGUAAUAUUGAUUAUGCUAAACAAUUCACUCGUCGGAAUAAUAACAAGUUUUUUCCUGAAGACUUUGAACUCUAUACUAAAAACCUUUGCCAGCGCGGUAGAAUUGGUUUUUACUGCGGUGCUGUGCUGGUUUUUAUUUAGCAUACCUAUUAGCACGAACACCAUUGUUUCAAUAGCUAUGGUGAGCUUUGCUGUUAUUUUGUAUUCGAGAAAUCCUGUACAGAACGCUCAGCCCAGAGAGUCUGUGGAAAGUGGAAAGCUUUUGGUGUAAACAACAGUAUUAAAAUUAUUCUUUCUAAAAACGACAAUACGAUCGCAACCAAAUGAAAACGUGAAACAAAAGUGCACGUUACCAUUAGCGUUAAGUUGUUGUUACAAAUGUUUUACCGCUCGAUGACGAUGAUUAUGUGAUAUAAGGUUGUUAAUUUAAGACAAUGACUGAACAUUUGUGAAUAAAUAUCGCAAUUUGUUUUAAUCAUCAAGUUGUAUUAGAGAAUUAAGUAGGUGUUGUAAUAAGUGAUACCCAGAGAGAAAAAAAUUUCUAUUAUCUAAUAAACAUCUAUUAUAUAAUAAACUUCUAUUAAACAUCUGAGACAUUAAUUGAUGGACUUUAUUUGUUCUCUCUGGGUAAUAUUAUAUCUAAUAAUAAAUCGCGAAAAUUUAAAUAUUUUUUUUAUUUAAAUAUAUUUCUUAAAGAUAUAUUUGUCUCUUUUUAAACGGAAAUGAGUUAAGAUCUGGAUAGCGGUGUUGUGAGAUAUCUUAUCAGUCUAAAUUUUGUAUUUAUUACUUUAUGCUUUAUGUAUCUAAUCUCGCCUGUUUAAGAAAAAAAAAACGCAUUUCUCA